GGGAGAAAAAGCUCAGACAGACAAGCUCGAGAAGCUCCACUGACAAGAAGCCACACUGGGUGGCCUCGCUCCAGCGCUUUGUUUGUACAUAGACCCCCGUUUUUCUCCUUUUGGGACUGCUUUUGAUUAAUUUUUUCAAUAUAUAUAUAUAUAUUUUUAAGCGUCAUUUGUUUCUCUCUCCCCGUACUGCGCGUCGUUGUCCCCUCUCGCUGGCGUCUAUGCAACCUAACAGCAUUGAUGGUGGGAGCGUGUGCUUUUAUCCACGUGCAUUGAUGUAGCACGCAGCGAGGACGAGAUAAGAGCCCUUAUCUCAGCACCUGGAAGCCUGCGGGAGGAUUUGAUUGAGGACAAAGCAGCCAUCAACAUAAGGAUUCUUGUCGAAAUCGGGAAUUACGCAUCCAAACUGGGAUCUAUGAGCGGAAAAGUGGCGAAGCCUAAAGAAGACAAGGAUGCUUCCAAGGUCCAGGAUGAUGCUGCCCCAGGUACCCAGGAGUACAUUAUGUUACGGCAGGACUCCAUCCACUCUGCGGAUAUAAGGAGUAAAGGUUCCCCGUUUCGUGCUAAGUGUCACGAAAUCUUCUGCUGCCCGCUGAAGCAAGCCGUCCACAAAGAGAACGCUGAGCCCGAAGAGCCCCAGCUGAAGGGGAUUGUGACCAAGCUGUACAGUCGACAGGGUUUCCACCUACAGCUGCAGGCAGACGGAACCAUUGAUGGAACCAAGGAGGAGGACAACGGCUACACCACGUUCAACCUUAUUCCGGUGGGUCUACGAGUGGUGGCCAUCCAGGGGGUGCAGACCAAACUCUACCUGGCUAUGAACAGUGAGGGCUACCUGUACACGUCGGAACACUUCACGCCGGAAUGCAAAUUCAAGGAGUCGGUGUUCGAGAACUACUACGUGACAUACUCCUCCAUGAUCUACCGCCAGCAGCAGUCAGGCAGGGGCUGGUACCUUGGUCUGAACAAGGAGGGAGAAAUCAUGAAGGGCAACCAUGUCAAGAAGAACAAGCCGGCAGCCCAUUUCCUUCCUAAACCUCUAAAAGUGGCGAUGUACAGAGAGCCAUCCCUCCACGACCUAACGGAAUUCUCCCGCUCCGGUAGUGGCACACCCACCAAGAGUCGGAGUGCCUCUGCAAUGCUGAACGGCGGCAAAGCUGUGAGCCAGAACGAGUCGACGUAGCGCCGCCUGCCAGAGUCAAUCCUUGAAACCUUACCUCCAACAGAGCGUGAAUCCAAGCAGACCCUUUCUUCAAUCAGCAGUUCAGCGCUUGCUGCAACGUACCACACAUUAACACCUAGAAAACAUCAAUAACUAUAAUUAAAACACUUCGGCGCAUUUAUCAUGACUUCCAACAACGGCAUUAAUAGCAAGACAUGUCACGGCACAUUAACCAUCCUAGACACAAAAUGUAGUCUUAUUUAUUUACUAUUUACUCACCAGUUAGCUCAUCUAUUUAUUGAUGAUUUUUCUUAUUUUCUUGUGCACACAAACAUUUCUGAGCUCAUGUAGAGAACGAGCACUUGUGCGUCCAUCAGGCAGGGACAGGAGGUGAGUGGACAUUCAGGACAACCAGGUGUGGGUCUUGGAGGCAAGCCCUGAUCUCUGUCUCAUCCAUGCUUCUGUGAAUACAAAGCCUAUAAACUCCCUGGCGUGGCCCGACCCGGUUCUGCUGGUGACCCGAGGCCCCGGCCAGACAGUAGCUCUCCUUGCGUCCCAGUGCACAUGCUCAGAGACUGAGCUCUCUAGCAUGGGGAAAACCAAGCCGACGCUAAUCGGACCUGACAUGUGAGGUCCGAGCGUGGAGGCUCUUUUCCCUUUUUAAGAGACGCCACAGCUGCCCUUCUUUCUGCUAAUUUCACAAUUAGCCAAGAACGUUUCAUUUCUUUUAUCGACUGGUUUUCAUUUGUCCCCUCUUGUUGUCCCACCCUCAACAUUGUUCAGUAUUUUGGUCGCACAGUUGAAAGGGGUUCCAGCAAACCAAAGACUGAACAAAAGAGUGUCCCUUUAAGUCGAAGAUGCCAGUAUGAAGGCAAAGCUGGAUUUUAUUUUUUUCCCCCUCUCCAAUGUACAUUUAUUUUGGACUAGCGCAAACAUGGCUAGAGGAAAUGAUGAUGUCAGCCACACUGGAGUGUUCGAUGUUUUUUGUUUUCCUUUUUGAGAGGAUCCGCUUGACGGCCGAGGUACGACGCGACUAUUCGGUGUCCCCCCCGUUCCCUUCUUGUUCUGUCACAAUGUCUGUCUCUUGUCCUUGUGGUUUGUUUCUUCCGUGCUCGUGUCAUAACUCCACCUCGUCAUUCUUUUUGGUCAAUUUCUUCUGACAGACCAUAGAAAUAUGGCUGUCCAGGAUGCUCGUUAUAUGUUUGAGUAACUUGUUGUGGUGAUGAUUUUUUUCUAUCUAUCUUUAAAACAAAUCAAAAAAGAAUACUGUGCACUUUUAGGUGUCUUUAACAUUUUAUAGGGAUGUCAUAUUUGUAAAAGUAUAUUUAAAAAAAAAAUGGGUGGGGCGGGCUUCAUAAAUUGACAUCUUCCCUCUCUUGCAUAGGGCAUGUACAACACAAAGAUAUACAAAAAAAGGACCCUUUUUUGUGUCCGUUGACGCUACAUAUUACUUCUUUCUGGUACAUGCUUUUUGCAGGACUUCUUGUUCUUGGUUCCCUCGAGAGGUGGUUUGUAUUAGGUGAAUCUAUCUGUUGCAUGGGAGAACGCAGGGGACUUGUGGUCUAGAGCUGCAUGAUGUAGGCUGUAUGUAAUUACCCCAUGUUGGAUCAUAUGUUCCAAGCUACCAGGAUAAACUCAAACAACAUUAUGCAGGCAGAUGUCCAGGCUGCCUGAUGACUUCCAGUUGUUUAUUAUUUGUUGUAUACACAAAAAAUGCACUGAAUAAAAGGUUUAUAUUAAGAUAUA